AUGGGGAGCGUGCGAGCCCGAGGUUCCCUGCGCGGUCCUGGGCACAGUUCCCCGGCGCGCCGCACUCCUGACCGCGGAGCCGGGGCGCCCCGUGGGUGCACAGGGACUGCUCAGUGGCUUUGAUAGGGAUCUGCAAAGACGGACACGCGGCUUUGGCCCAAGGGAAAACCACGGCCCUUUCGCUUUCUAUGGAGGAGAGAGGUUGCGUGAUCUAUAACUACAAUGCGUCUCAAGAUGUGGAGCUCUCCUUGCAGAUUGGUGACACGGUGCACAUCCUGGAGAUGUACGAAGGUUGGUACAGAGGCUAUUCCCUUCAGAAUAAAUCCAAAAAGGGUAUUUUUCCUGAAACAUACAUCCAUUUGAAAGAGGCCACUGUGGAAGACCGAGGGCAGCACGAGACAGUGAUUCCUGGUGAACUCCCGCUGGUGCAGGAACUCACAUGCACUCUUCGAGAAUGGGCCGUCAUCUGGCGCAAACUCUACGUGAACAACAAGACCACACUCUUCCGCCAGCUGCAGCAGAUGACCUACAGCCUGAUCGAGUGGCGCUCCCAAAUCCUGUCUGGAACACUCCCCAAGGAUGAACUGGCGGAGCUCAAGAAGAAAGUCACAGCCAAAAUUGAUCAUGGGAACAGAAUGCUCGGGUUAGACCUGGUAGUGCGAGAUGACAAUGGGAACAUCUUGGACCCGGAUGAAACCAGCACCGUCGCCCUCUUCAAGGCUCAUGAAGUGGCCUCCAAAAGGAUCGAGGAAAAGAUCCAGGAGGAAAAGUCCCUUCUGCAGAACCUGGACCUGCGGAGCCAGGCCAUCUUCAGCGGCGCCCACACCUAUGGCCUCUACGUGAACUUCAAGAACUUUGUCUGCAAUAUCGGGGAGGACGCAGAGUUGUUCAUGGCCCUUUACGACCCAGACCAGUCCACUUUCAUCAGUGAGAACUAUCUGAUUCGUUGGGGCAGUAACGGGAUGCCCAAGGAGAUAGAGAAGCUCAAUAACCUGCAAGCGGUGUUUACUGACCUCAGCAGCACAGACCUCAUCCGGCCCCGCAUCAGCCUUGUGUGCCAGAUCGUUCGUGUGGGCCGCAUGGAGCUGAAGGAGGGCAGAAAGCACACCUGCGGGCUCCGGAGACCCUUUGGAGUAGCAGUGAUGGAUAUUACUGAUAUCAUACACGGGAAGGUGGACGAUGAAGAAAAACAGCAUUUUAUUCCCUUUCAGCAAAUUGCGAUGGAGACCUAUAUCCGGCAGAGACAGCUCAUCAUGGCACCCCUGAUAACAUCAAAUGUGAUUGGAGAGAACGAGCCGCUCACUUCAGUCCUGAAUAAAGUGAUAGCAACAAAGGAAGUGAAUCACAAAGGACAAGGGCUUUGGGUGUCCUUGAAGCUAUUGCCUGGUGACCUCACGCAAGUUCAGAAGAAUUUUUCACACUUGAUUGACAGAUCGACAGCAAUAGCCCGGAAAAUGGGCUUUCCUGAAAUAAUACUGCCAGGAGACGUUCGGAAUGACAUUUACGUCACCCUGAUCCAUGGCGAGUUUGACAAAGGGAAAAAGAAGACGCCCAAGAAUGUGGAGGUGACCAUGUCCGUGUUCGAUGAGGAAGGCAACCUCUUAGAGAAAGCGAUUCAUCCUGGUGCUGGAUACGAGGGCCUGUCGGAAUACAAAUCAGUGGUCUACUACCAAGUCAAGCAGCCCUGUUGGUAUGAGACUGUCAAGGUAUUCAUUGCUAUAGAGGACGUCACACGCUGCCAUAUACGAUUCACCUUCCGACACAGGUCAUCUCAGGAAUCCAGAGAUAAAUCAGAGCGACCUUUUGGGGUGGCCUUCGUGAAACUGAUGAACCCCGACGGAACCACGCUACGGGACGGGAGGCACGACCUGGUGGUGUAUAAGGGUGACAACAAGAAAAUGGAAGAUGCUAAGUUCUACCUGACGCUGCCGGGGACCAAGAUGGAGAUGGAAGAAAAGGAGCUCCAGGCAUCCAAAAACCUGGCCGUCUUUACCCCCAGCAAGGACAGCACCAAGGACAGUUUUCAGAUUGCCACCCUCAUUUGCUCCACAAAGCUCACCCAGAACGUUGACCUGUUGGGAUUGUUAAAUUGGCGUUCCAACUCCCAGAACAUUAAACACAACCUAAAGAAGUUAAUGGAGGUGGAUGGAGGAGAGAUUGUUAAGUUUUUGCAAGAUACACUAGAUGCACUUUUUAACAUUAUGAUGGAAAUGUCAGACAAUGAAACAUACGACUUCCUUGUGUUUGAUGCGUUGGUAUUUAUUAUUUCACUGAUAGGAGACAUCAAGUUCCAGCAUUUUAAUCCUGUACUUGAAACCUACAUUUACAAGCACUUCAGCGCCACUUUGGCAUAUGUGAAACUCUCCAAGGUACUGAACUUUUAUGUGGCUAAUGCAGAUGACUCCAGCAAGACAGAGUUGCUUUUUGCCGCUUUGAAAGCCUUGAAGUACUUGUUCAGGUUCAUCAUCCAGUCCCGAGUGCUGUACCUGAGAUUUUAUGGCCAGAGUGAAGAUGGAGAUGAAUUUAAUAACUCAAUCCGCCAGUUAUUUCUCUCCUUCAAUAUGUUAAUGGACAGGCCUCUGGAGGAAGCCGUCAAGAUCAAGGGGGCAGCUUUGAAGUACCUUCCUAGCAUCAUCAAUGAUGUCAAACUGGUGUUCGAUCCCACUGAGCUCAGCGUGCUCUUCUGCAAGUUCAUCCAGAGCAUCCCAGACAACCAGUUAGUGCGGCAGAAGCUCAACUGCAUGACCAAGAUAGUGGAGAGCAGCCUUUUCCAGCAGUCGGAGUGCAGAGAGGUGCUGCUGCCCCUGCUGACGGACCAGCUCAGCGGCCAGCUGGAUGACCACUCGAGCAAGCCUGACCACGAGGCCAGCUCGCAGCUUCUCAGCAGCAUCCUGGAGGUGCUGGACAGGAAGGAUGUGGGCCCCACGGCAGCACACAUCCAGCUGAUCAUGGAGCGGCUGCUGAGAAGGAUCAACCGCACUGUGAUUGGGAUGAGCCGGCAGUCUCCCCACAUCGGCAGCUUUGUGGCCUGCAUGAUCGCUAUCCUGCGGCAGAUGGACGACAGCCACUACAGCCACUACAUCAGCACUUUCAAAACCAGGCAAGAUAUCAUCGACUUCCUCAUGGAGACCUUCAUCAUGUUUAAGGAUCUGAUUGGAAAGAAUGUCUAUGCCAAAGACUGGAUGGUCAUGAACAUGACGCAGAGCAGGGUGUUUCUCCGCGCCGUUAAUCAGUUUGCUGAGGUUCUCACAAGAUCUUUCAUGGACCAGGCAAGCUUUGAACUUCAGCUCUGGAACAAUUAUUUCCAUUUGGCAGUAGCAUUUCUCACCCAUGAGUCCCUUCAGCUUGAAACCUUCUCCCAAGCCAAACGCAACAAAAUUGUGAAAAAAUAUGGGGACAUGAGAAAGGAAAUCGGCUUUAGAAUCCGGGACAUGUGGUAUAACCUGGGUCCUCACAAAAUCAAAUUCAUCCCAUCCAUGGUGGGUCCUAUUCUGGAGGUCACUCUGACCCCAGAAGUGGAGCUCCGGAAAGCCACCAUCCCCAUUUUCUUUGACAUGAUGCAGUGUGAGUUCAAUUUCAGUGGAAAUGGCAAUUUCCAUAUGUUUGAGAACGAGUUGAUCACAAAGCUGGACCAAGAGGUGGAAGGAGGCCGAGGAGACGAGCAGUACAAGAUUCUCCUGGAGAAGCUGCUCCUAGAACAUUGCCGGAAACAUAAGUACCUCUCCGGCUCUGGGGAAGUCUUCGCCCUCCUGGUCAGCAGCCUCUUGGAGAACCUGUUGGACUACAGAACCAUCAUCAUGCAGGACGAGAGCAAGGAGAACCGCAUGAGCUGCACCGUGAAUGUGCUGAAUUUUUAUAAAGAAAAGAAGCGAGAAGACAUAUACAUCAGAUACUUGUACAAGCUUCGAGAUCUGCACCGCGACUGCGAGAACUACACGGAAGCUGCCUACACGCUUCUCUUACAUGCUGAGCUUCUGCAGUGGUCCGACAAGCCCUGUAUGCCCCAUUUGCUUCAGAGGGACAGUUACUAUGUUUACACCCAGCAAGAACUGAAAGAGAAAUUGUACCAAGAAAUCAUAUCGUAUUUUGACAAAGGCAAAAUGUGGGAGAAGGCCAUCAAACUGAGCAAGGAGCUGGCUGAGAACUACGAGAGCAAGAUAUUCGACUACGAGGGCCUUGGCAGCCUGCUGAAAAAGAGAGCAUCGUUUUAUGAGAACAUCAUUAAGGCCAUGAGGCCUCAGCCUGAAUACUUCGCCGUGGGGUACUAUGGACAGGGCUUUCCUUCUUUCUUGCGGAAUAAAAUCUUCAUCUACCGGGGGAAGGAGUAUGAGAGGCGAGAGGACUUCAGCCUGAGGUUGCUGACGCAGUUCCCCAGUGCUGAGAAGAUGACCAGUACCACGCCCCCUGGAGAAGACAUUAAGAUGUCCCCGAAGCAGUACCUGCAGUGCUUCACCGUGAAGCCUGUGAUGAGCCUACCGCCCAGCUACAAGGACAAGCCAGUGCCGGAGCAGAUCUUAAAUUACUACAGGGCCAAUGAAGUGCAGCAGUUCAGCUAUUCCCGGCCGUUCAGGAAAGGAGAAAAAGAUCCAGACAACGAAUUUGCUAACAUGUGGAUUGAAAGGACCAUGUAUACGACGGCCUAUACCUUCCCUGGUAUUCUCAAGUGGUUCGAAGUCAAACAGAUUUCAACAGAGGAAAUCAGCCCUUUGGAGAACGCCAUCGAAACCAUGGAGCUGACCAAUGAGAAGAUUAGCAACUGCGUGCAGCAGCACGCCUGGGACCGCUCCCUCUCUGUGCACCCGCUCUCCAUGCUGCUCAGCGGCAUCGUGGACCCAGCCGUCAUGGGGGGAUUCUCCAACUAUGAAAAGGCUUUCUUUACAGAAAAAUACCUGCAGGAGCACCCUGAGGACCAGGAGAAGGUGGAGCUACUGAAGAGGCUGAUAGCAUUACAGAUGCCUCUGCUCACAGAAGGGAUCCGGAUCCAUGGGGAGAAGCUGACGGAGCAGCUCAGGCCCUUACAUGACCGGUUGUCUUCGUGCUUCCGGGAACUCAAGGAGAAAGUAGAAAAGCUCUACGGGGUCAUCACACUGCCGCCCAACUUUCCAGAGAAGAAGCAGAGCAGCACAGGGUCCCUGGUGCUGCCCUACAUCAUGUCCUCUACCCUCCGGAGGUUGUCCGUCACCUCGGUGACUUCCUCGGUGGCCUCCACCUCUUCCAACUCCUCUGAUAAUGCUCCUUCCCGGCCAGGAUCUGAUGGGUCAGUCCUGGAGCCACUCUUCGAGCGCAGGGCUUCAUCGGGUGCCAGAGUUGAAGAGCUGGCCCUCAAAGAGGACAGCGAGACCCGGACGGCCAAGUUCAAGAGGAAAGACUGGAGUCUGAGCAAGUCCCAAGUCAUUUCAGAAAAGGCUGCAGACCCUGAUCUCAUGAGCCCAGCCAGAAAGACACAAAGGCCGAAGAGUCUCCAGCUGGUGGACAGUCGGUUAACACCCUUUCACAGCUCUUCGCCGCCUCAGUCCACUCCCUUGAGCCCACCUCCACUCACUCCGAAAGCGACCAGGACGCUAAGCUCCCCGUCUUUGCAGACAGAUGGGCUGGUCGCUUCUGUCCCACCUCCGCCUCCGCCCAAAAGCAAGCCCUACGAGAGCAGCCAGCGGAACUCUGCCGAGAUCGCUCCCCCGCUGCCUGUCCGCAGAGAAGCCAAAGCCCCGCCCCCACCACCUCCAAAGACCCGGAAGUCUGGCAUCCUUUCCUCUGAGCCUGGAUCCCAGUGAGAAGUUUGCUCUCACUCCGUAACAACUCCGAGUGCCUUGGACAGCUGCUGCCCGAGACCCGGUCUCCUGGGAGUGCAUCCUCAGGACGCGGGGCUCUCUGCCAGCUGCCUUUCCUGACAUGGGAUGUUUACAAACCCAGCUCAGAACUGGGUUUGUUCUUUUGGAAGCUUCUCUUUCAUGAAUGUAUGGGUCCAUGUGCAUUGGCUCCAGCCCGUGAGGCGUUUCAGGAUUGGCCAUGUCCCCUGACUGCCUUCCAGCCUCUGUUGCACCGUCACUGGCAUCUGCAGAGGUCCGGACCAGUUCUGUACAGCCCCAGUCACAGACUGCUGGAUGGACUUCUUGCUUUGCGUCUGAAAUGCUGCCCUUGAGACUUCCUUACUCCUCCCACGCAUGCAUCCCUACUCCAUCCAGCUUGUUGGACGAGACGGAUACCAAGUGCACUCUGGGAGCCCACGUGAAACUUUCUCUUUCAUGUCUACUGUCUCUUUGGAAGCAAAAACACAUUUUUAAUGGAGAUUGGCUGCUUUCAGGUGUGAAUAGCAAUUACCACUGAAAAAUGAUGGGCUCACGUUCGAGCAUGCUCCUGAUCAAGGCCCGCACUGCCCAGCACUUGCUCCGUCUUGCUACAGAUUCUUUGAGGCUCUUUUUGCACAGUUUCUUGUCCUGUUCCUUCCUCUGAGCUCAAGUCCCCGGCUCUACGAGACCUAGGAGUCCACGGCCAACAGCUUUUUGUCCAGAUCCCAUUUGGAUGACCCAGCAGCCGCUGUCUGCAACCUGAUUUUACCCUGGAGAAUACAGUGCAAUAUUUCCCAUUGAUUAUUUAUUCCUCUUGAUCAUGGAUUUAAUUUGAUCGCUUGCUAAUGGUACUGAUGUCCAUACUCCUUUCAGAAGAAUAAGCGGAAUGUUUUGGAUGACCAGAUAUUAUAUGCUUAUCCGUAACUGCCUGAAGUUACAGAUGCUUUAAGCUAGAAAUAUUUUAAAGGUCAUGGGAAAAAAAACCUCCAUUUCGUAGCUAAGGAAAUAGAGGCUACAUACAAAAAGUAGGAGUGUGAGCAGAUUCGUACUCAUCGCUCAGCUUGCUAACUUGGGCUACACCCAGAUAAUGCAUAGCUCCAGAAGACAUCUCUGACAACGCCUUGAAUGCCAGCCCUAGUUGAAACAACAUUGGAAAUGCACCUGAUACUUUUAUAGUACUUAGGUGUUGAUGGCAAAGGUCCAAAUAAGGGAGGGCCCUCCAGCAGUCUCCCCGACCUUGCCCAGAAUCCUGCCCUCCAAGGUCAGGAGAACAGAGAGAGAUUUCAGCUGCAAGGCUGUGCGUCUACCUGCCUGCCUGCCUUCCUGGUCCCCCCCACACCUUUGUUAGGAGCUGCACACCUGUUCAUGGCAAGGGUGGAAGAAGCAGGAACCUGGGAGCCAGGCCACGGGCAUCACUCCUGGAAUGUAUAUGCGUAUUCUAGAAGUGGCACGGAAAUCUUUAUUCUCUGCCCCUGGCCAGGAAAACCUACAGUGUGAUAUGGGGUGGAGGUGUCGCGCAAAACAUAGACUUCAGAAUUAAACCUGUUUGGUUUCAAAUUCCAGCCAUGUCCCAUUAACUUUGCAGACGCUUUCCAAGCAGCUUGAGUUCUCUGAGCUUUCCUUCCCUCGCUUUGCAAAAUGGGGACAGUCGUGCCUUCCAUCCGGUUGCUGUGAGCCCCGAUGGGAUGGAACAUGGGAACGAGGAGCCCUCGUACAGUGGCCCUACCUUUUUCUGCUAGGCCGGAGUGAGAUCUGGAACUCUCUAAGGCCAUUGUGAAUGCUCUUCACAAUGAGCAUUUUAUUCAAGAUGAUUUGGGAUGCAAGCGUGGGUUAGUUAUGGACUUACGGUCCUUCUGCAAACAUGCUGUCUUUUAUAUAGUUAUUUAUAACCAGAGAGAGUGCUAAUAGGAAUUGAAGAGGAUUUUAAGUGAAAGGAAUUAAACCCUGCAGAGAAAGAUUAAGAAGGCCUCAAGAAGGCCUCAGAAGGUGCCCAUCUGCCCAUAAGUGACUUCUGAAAAGUCACUUUAACAAGCUGGCCAGAAGGGAUUUGUCUUACCCUACUUGUCAGACUGCCGGUGAAAUACAAAAAUAUAAACACGACAAACAGAAAUCCCAAGCCUCCCGCCCGUGGUCCCAGCACAGCGUAAGCGAGCAGUCUGCCUUUGAACAGAAGCUGGGAGGUUCAGAUCCAUGGGUGCCCAUCGGUGCCCGGCUACAUUCCUUCCAUAACAGAAUCUCUUUUUCCCUGUGGUUCCCCUUCCAUGUUAAUGAAAAUAAUGGCUCUCAACAGCCUGAACAUAACAGGUUCCACGUAAUGUUUCGGGUACUGGAUUACAGAGGACAUAGGUUCAUUUUAUUGGGAAGUUACGCUGUAGGAAAGAGUCAUAUUUGAUUAAAAUUCAUAUACGAUGUCGAGGAGCCUGCAAAGAAGUUCCUUAUCAUCACAUUAAAUAUAGAAUAGAUGAGAAACAGGAAGAAAAGAGUUUUUAUUUUGCUUGCUAAGAUCUCUGGAAUAUUGAGAGACAUUGAAGUUAUCUCCCAAAUUGUCAGAGCCUUUGUGAAUGUGGGUUUAUGAUUGGUUGGUUUGUGGUGGUGUUUAUUCUUUUUUCUUUCCCUCUCUCCCUCCGUAUGACCUGAUGACUUGUCUUUCUUUGGGAUAUUUUUGCAGUUGUUUCAUUCAACAUAUAUGAAGUUAUUGGAGGUUAGAUGAGAGACAUAGCACUAGCCCUUCAGGACAUGGCGGGAGACAUAUUCAAUGCAAACAGCCCAGUGUACAGAUACUGGUGUACACACUGUGGUGUGCUGUCGGGGCAUUAGAUGAAAAUGAACCCUAAGAGGGGCUAGGGAUUUAGCUCAGUGGCAAAGCGCCUGCCUGGAAGGCUCAAGGUCAUGAGUUCGAUUCCUGGUACUGGAAGAAAAACAAACAAACAAACAAAAAAAUGAACCCUAAGAAAGACUGCUGGGCCAUGAGCUGCUCCUCACCUCGGCCUUCCCCACUUGACUCCAGAGUCAGCCAUUUCCUCCCACAGGGAGAUCCACUAACACCAUAGCCACACUGCAUGUCCAUAAGAUAAAGCAAGGACUUGAGAUAACAACCUGCAUUUGCUAGCUCUUCCCCAAAUGCAAGGGUCUUUCCCCUCUAGUUGCCUCCAGAUUGGGUGUGGCUUAUUCUAAAAUGGAGGCACAAUUUAUAUAAAGUGCACGUAUUUUAGGAGUGCAGAUGGGUGGGUCUUCGGACUGCUAGAAGACCGUGGUGGCUUCCACCCACGUGGUGGCUUCCACCCACGUCGCCACCUCUCAGGCACAGACGUGACUUUUUCCAGCACCCCAGAAGGUGCCCACCUGCCCAUAACACCACCGUGUGAAAGCAUUUAGAAAGUCCUUCCAAAUUUGUGCCUUCCUCCCUGACACUUCUCAGGUAUCAUGAAAAGAGGAGAAAACAGUGCCACCACCAACACGAAUUAAGACUAUGAAGAUUUUGUACCUUUUAACGAGUAAAUGCUUGGGUACUCUGGGACCUGUUGCCUCAUCCUUGAGGCAUGAUUUUUUUUAAUCCUUUCAGUCCUUGCUGCUUCUACGCAAACAAAAGGAGAAGGUGAGUCAGAAGGAAACUGCACAAAGGCUUUGGUUUGUAAACUGGAAUCUCCAUUUUUUAAAUCCCAGGUUGGUGCUUUGAGCCUCCCAUACCUUGAUGAUUAAGAUCAAAAGAUUUGUGAAUAUUAUAAUAAUGAAUCUAGCACUUUUUUUUGCAGUAUUGACACAAAUUACCGUAAUUGUCUGCAGCAACCUGUAAACAAUGCAUUCAGACUACAGCAGUCUUCAGCUUUCACCACCCUGGCCCACCAUGUUUAGACUUCCGGUUUAGACACUAAUAAUCAUGCCUGCCUUCUCUGUGUGAUUUGGGCAGAUCAGAAGUAUGACUUCCCUGGAAACUUUCCUUCUGCUAUAAGCCUGUGACUUAAAUUAGAAAAAGUAGUUUCUUCUCGGGUGGGCUCAGAGUUGCACCAUCAAUUCUAAUCUCUAGAAGGAGCGAGUUUUCCCUCAGGUUAAGGGCUCCCUGCGAUUCUUCAGAUCCGCCCAAAGCUGUUCUCUCGCCUGUGCUGCUAGGCUCGCCCAGUCAGUCAUCUCUUGGGAGUUGCUCAUCCAGCCUUUGUCCAAAAUGCCCUCGCCAUGAUUUUCUAACUAGUUGGGUUUCAGACAGGGCCAGUUAGGAAGAUACACAUUGAAGUGGAAGAGUUUUAUUCAGAUUUGCUGUUAUUUAUUUUUUAAAUUAAAAAAUGGAACUGUAUUUUAAAA